CCUCUCCAUUCCAGCCGCCUCCUCUCCGCCCCCUGCAGGCCGGCUGGAGGGACCGCCCAGGGCCCGGGUCCGCGAAGGGAGCACGGAACCAAAGAGCGCUAGCGCCGGUUCCACCGCCUUUCCACAAAUCCCGGGCCGCUCGGCCCCACCACGGAGACUCGGCGCGGAUUGUGGAUCCCCUUCCGCCAUGGCGCGGGUGCUGGUCGUGGGCGCCGGGCUGACAGGAAGCUUGUGCGCUGCGCUGCUGAGGAGGCAGACGACCGGUCCCUUGUACCUCGCUGUGUGGGACAAGGCUGAAGACUCAGGGGGAAGGAUGACUACAGCCAGCAGUCCUCAUAAUCCUCAGUGCACAGCUGACUUGGGUGCUCAGUACAUCACCUGCACUCCUCAUUAUGCCAAAACCCACCAAAGUUUUUAUGAUGAACUGUUAGCCCAUGGCAUUUUGAGGCCUCUAACCUCGCCUAUUGAAGGAAUGGUGAUGAAAGAAGGAGACUGUAACUUUGUGGCAUCUCAAGGAAUUUCUUCAAUUAUUAAGCAUUACUUGAAAGAAUCAGGUGCAGAAGUCGGCUUCAGACAUUGUGUGACCCAGAUCAACCUGAGAAAUGACAAGUGGGAAGUCUCCAAACAAACAGGCUCCCCUGAGCAGUUUGAUCUUAUUGUUCUCACAAUGCCAGUCCCUCAGAUUCUGCAGCUUCAAGGUGACAUCACCAACUUAAUUAGUGAAUGCCAAAGGCAGCAACUGGAGGCUGUGAGCUACUCCGCUCGCUAUGCUCUUGGCCUCUUUUAUGAAGCUGGCACGAAGAUUGAUGUCCCUUGGGCUGGGCUGUACAUCACCAGUAAUCCCUGCGUACGCUUCAUCUCCAUUGAUAAUAAGAAGCGCAAUAUAGGUCAUCAGAAAUAG